AUGAAAAUUGCUAAAGAACAACUCACCUACACUCCCAGCUACUGUGAAGAGAAUGUGUACAAGCUGUUAGAAUAUCUGAGGGAGUUCGGUAACUUACAGUGUGGAUACGUUGUAUUUUUGUCCAAUGUGAACAAAUCUAUUGGUUUGUUCGCCCAAGUAAAGGGAGAUCCUCAAAUCGACCAUUUCAUCAUAUGGGAUUACCACGUUUUCCUCAUAUACGACGAUAUGUCCAAUUACUGGGUUUAUGACUUUGACUCACUACUGCCGUUUCCCACCCCAUUUGUCCAGUAUCUAACACACGGACUCCGGCAGAACACCGUUCUUCCAGAAGAACUACAUAGGUCCUAUCGCGUUAUCCAUGGCGUCGACUACCUAAAUCACUUUUCAUCAGAUCGUAGUCAUAUGCAGCGUGAGGAUGGCAGCUGGAUAGCACCACCACCAACUUAUGAAUGUAUACGUGGACAGAGUUCAAGUUUGUUACAUACUUUACCCUUCUACUGGGAUAUGACAUCUAAUAUAGUUGAGGACUUAUCACUGACGGGCAGUGUUUAUGGAACUGUUUUAAGUGAAAGCGAGUUUUUCAAAAAAUUCUCUGGUGUUUAG